AUGGCAUCAAUCCCACCCAUCCGCACAGACAUUGAUAAUUACGAAGCGCAUGAGCAUCUGCAUGAUGAGGAUCCAAUCGAGGAUGAUGAAUAUGAGGAAGGCUCGGAGAUAGAUCCAGCUGAAAGAGACCGUCUGGCGCACCAUCGGAUGGUAGAUGAGUUCCUGUCGCCUCUUUCUCUCGACGAGGCGGCGCUAUAUCAACUUGCACGGCGAUUCUCCACGGUAUACCGUCAUCUUGCCUCGAAAUCAGAACAGCAGUUCCUUCCGACUCCGGUAACCAGGCUACCCAGUGGUAAUGAAACCGGUCGUUAUCUAGCAAUUGAUGUUGGAGGGAGCAAUCUGCGGGUUGCCUUUAUUGAAUUGCUUGGUGAAGCUGCAGAUGCGGAUAUUCGCUCUACAGACGCUUCUGAGAGGUCGUGCGAUACCAUUCGCAAAGCACAGAGACAGCGGGUACGACGCACUUUAGAAAGAGCAUGGCCCAUCCAGGAACAUCUGAAGUUAGAUAAGGCAGAAGAUCUAUUCUCUUGGAUUGGAGACUGCAUUGCAGAAGUAGUAGCUGAGAGUUUAUCCUCAGAUGCCAUGAGAGGUAAUGUUCCUCAGGAAUUGGAUAUGGGCAUCACCUUUAGUUUUCCAAUCAUGCAAGAAUCUCUUGCAGAGGCUACGCUCAUGCCAAUGGGUAAAGGAUUCGCCAUGUCGUCUGACCUCAACCUUCGUAAAAUCUUAUUGAACGGGUAUGAGAAGCAUACGAGACGCCUAGGCGAAGAUGACGAACCUUCAAGUAAGCGUCGGAAGCUGUUUUCCUUGCCCAGACUCAAGAUCGCCGCUAUCACAAACGACACAGUCGCCACGUUAGUGUCACUUGCUUAUGCCGUGAAAUCCCUGCCCAAUAGCCGGGUUGCUAUGGGCAUCAUUGUGGGCACAGGGUGCAAUGCAACAAUCCCCAUGAAACUCAGUGCUUUGCACGAAUCCAAGGCCAAACACGUACGCUCGACUAGUCCCGAGGCGGAGGAAACAAUUGUAAACACAGAAUGGACCAUUUCGGGAGCAGCAUCGCCAUUGAAAGAGCUUGAUAUCAUCACCAAAUGGGAUACUGAUCUGGAUCGGGAAUGCGCGCGUCCAGGCUUCCAGCCAUUCGAGUACAUGACUGGAGGUCGGUAUAUCGGCGAACUUAUCCGGCUUAUUCUUUACGACUACAUCACGAACCUUGCAGGGAUUUCAGAAGGCGAUCUCCCCGUUACUCUACUUCAGGCUUACGCUCUCACCACCACCUACAUAUCCAAUAAUGUGGCUCGCUCACGGUCUGACCCGGACCUCGCCAAUGAACUGAAUCACUCCAUGCCCCCGCGCGAAAACAGUCAAUGGAGUUGGGACGCAACCACUGCCGGGGUCUUCCGCAAGAUCGCCAGAACAGUGCAACGACGAUCUGCCGGUCUGAUCGCCGCCGCCGUUGUUGGUUUGCUAGCAUACGCGCGGGAGAUCGAGCUAAAGGUGGAUAGCAAGGAGAACUCACCGCAGAAUUCUCAAGCCGCUACGCCCGAGUAUAACGGCAAUGGACAUAUGCCGUCCGAACUGGAAGAAGGUUCCAAAUUCCAGGGCCCAAUCGUCCCUGUUCUCACACCAACCCCGGCAGAUUGGCAAUCUGGCCCAGAGGAGUUAGUUGUUGCUUACACGGGUGGUAUCAUCCAGAACUAUCCCAACUUCAAAGAAUCAUGUCAGCAAUAUAUCGACCGGCUGAUAAUGAGGACCGGCCCGCAGAAAAGCGGGAAAUCGGUGUUUCUGCGAGAGGCAUCGGAUGGUGGAAUAAUCGGUGCUGGGGUGUUGGCCGGGAUGGUGGUCGACAGUUAA